AUGCCCGACCGUAGAGCAGUCACCGGAGAGCGUGUUUGGUGUUACUGUGGAAUAAAUAAGUAUGCCCAGCGGCUAGACCAACUUUUGCGUGCGGGCAACAUUGAAGACAAUGAGGACAACGCUGAAAAUAGUGAGAAUGGAAUGGAUAUUGACCAUACGAUGCAUAAUGCGCAUCAGUACAAAGACCGUGGAGGGGAUUUAGGGCUUGGAGACAACAGCUUUAACAAUAUUGAUGCAUACAUGGGCGCACACCUUGACAGCAAGCUGUCUGAGUUGGAGGACUUGCAUGCCAAUUGGCACAAUAUUGACAACCCUGUUUGCAUUCCCUUGCAAACGCCAACUCCCCCGCCCGACAACGAGGAACCCCCUGACGAGGAUGGAUUUGCACACAUCACGGAGGAGGAUUAUUGCGAGUACAAUUGUUGGUUUGACAAAGACACUCUUGAAAUGGACAACAUUAUUGCCAAAACUCUUACCAAGGAAGAAAUGGAUAGCAUCAAGAUGAUGGCUAUACGACUGUUUGGACACAUCUCGCAGCGCAACUACAAACGUAGUUGGUAUUCAUUUUGGGAAAAAAUCUAUUUGCUCUCAGCCUAUUGCUUACACCAAAAGCUUGCUAUUCUUUCUGGGAUAUCCCCUCAACCAAUUGACUGCUGCAUCAACGUCUGUCACGCAUUCACUGGACCCUACGCCAACGAGGAUAUAUGCUCUACAUGUAAGGAGCCGCGCUAUGACUCAAAGGGAAGACCACGCCAGGAAGAAGGCCGGAUGGAUGAUUACAUUGACUUGCAACGCUAUAAAGAUCUGUGUGAAAGUAACAUUAUUGUCAAAGGUGAGGACUUGGGAGUCCGGUAUUUUCAUGGAUCUUGCAACAUUGCCUAUGCGGUCAUGACAGAUGGCGUCAACCUAUUCAAGCAGGCGCAUUCUGAGAAAAGUACUUGUUGGCCGAUUAUGGCCAUCAAUUUAAAUCUCCCUGCAAGCAAACGCGUUAAGCUUUGCAAUUUGAUUCCCCUGGGCGUUAUCCCUGGACCAAACCAGCCAAAGGAUUUUGACUCGUACCUGGAGCCGUUUGUGGGGGAGGCAAUCAAACAGGCUUGUGGGGUUGAGACUUACGACGUCACUAGGCAGGAACGGUUCAAGUUACGGGCCCAUGCUUUUCUCAUUUCGGGCAACAUGCAGGCAAUCAAGCACGUGACCCAAAUGAAAGGACCAAACGGCAAGGUUCCUUGUCGCGCGUGCGAGGCCAUUGGUGUUUAUCAUACCUGCCGCAAGGGUUAUUACAUCCCUCUUGCUAACCCAGCCAACUACCCCGACGCAAUCCCAGAUGGCAGACCUGACCCACAGGAUUUCCCGCCCAAUACAAUUCCUUCGUACAACCCACUCAAUCUCCCUCUCCGCACCAAAGCUAGGAUCGCUGACCAACUUGGAGAAAUGGAUGCUGCCAACACAAAGCGCCAACGUGAUGCCUUGUCUAAGAACUACAGACUCAUCAACCAUUUGAUCCUUGACCGCAUUCCCUUGAUUUGUUGGCCUGACUUGUACCCGCACAAAUACCUUCACUUGUUUCUUCUCAAUCAUGGCCGUGAACUUAUCUCACUUUGGACUGGAUCUUGUCACAGCAUUGAUGAUUCUGGCAACGAGGAUUAUUUGAUAUCUGCUGACGACUGGGCCGCUAUUGGACUUGAGACCAAAGAGGCUUCAAAAACACUACCUGCCGCAUUCAUUCGACCCUUGCCCAACAUUCAGACUAGCCAAGCGGUUUUUUGCGGUGAGACUUGGGCUUUCUGGCUAGUUUUUAUUGGACCAGUAGUUCUACGUGGACGGCUUGCCAAGAAAUACUACGAACAUUACCUGGAGCUUGUGGAGAUCAUGAAGUGUCUUACCUCAGUUACUAACACUACAGCUCAAAUAGAGCAACUCAGAGACAAGAUUGCUCAUUACGUCAAGGGUUUUGAAGAGUAA